UGCAGAUUAGCAGCCAUUGGCUGACUAGCAUCUAGCUCAGCUGCAUCAUCCGGCUGUUACUACAUUCUCAGACAGAAAAUACACACAGCAUUCCUGGUGAUGUGCAGCCCAAACCCAAUCGCUUUAUAUCGUUGAAAGGAUUUUAAUUCUGUCACUGUGUUUUGUGCCUUGGUUAAGGAUGGCAGCUGUGAGUCAGUCGCAGCCCCUGCGCCAGCCCUGCCUCUACCAUUCAAGUAGCAAAGUCAUUGUGAACGUGAAGAAACCUUUGCAGCCAAUUCAUAUGAGUUUCAAGCAAGUGGCACUGGAAAUGUUUUGUCUGUGUUCGCAGCUUGAUAUACUGAUCAGAGGAGAAGUCCAGCAUUUGCAGGACCAAGCGGUAGAUGAUCUAAUCCUUGAAGAAUCGGACAUAUUUCACUCAUUAGGUUCUGAAAUUCUUGAACAAAUGAAAGAUUGUUUAAGCCACUUACCAGCACCAGGACCCUGCUUAGAGGACUAUCUUGACACUUCAGGGUUAUCUGUUCUCUUCCCAAGGGUUGAAAUAUACAUUAUACAUGAAAGACCUGUUGAUAUUUUAGAAAGACCUCCAAUGGAUGACUACUAUGCUCAUAUUGGAAAACUUAACCAGCUUUUGGUUUUGAGUCAACAACUUGAAGAUGACGUUAAGCACUUAGGAAGCCAUAAAUAUGUAGCUCAUCAGUUGUCAGUUCUCUACAAAGUUCUCAGUUAUUUUAAUGGAUGUCUAUAUUUAGAUGUUCUAAAGAGAGAUAUUGAAACCAACUUUAAGUCUGUGAAAUCUGCAUUGACUACAAGUGAGGGAUCAAGACAGGAACCGCUCUUACCAGGACAUCUUCUUACAUGGUUACUUGGUCUAACUCAAACAAUUAUUACAACAGUCUCCUUACUUCCUGAAGAACUUACUGGUGAAAUAAUGUCUGUUUUGGCUUUCUCUUUGUCAUACUGAUUAUCAGCAGUUAGUUGAGCCCAUCUAAAGAGUACUGCAGCCUUAGACAACAGGGUUGUGGAAAUUUUAUUUAAAAAAAACUACUUGUCCAAGGGACUUAAAUGGAGCAAAAUCUACUUGUCCUGGUACACAAAAUAAUUUUAACCAAAAUAGUCAGUAAAAAUGUCUUUAUUAGUGUAUUAUUUUUUUGCCCUUUUUUGUUUUUUUCCUCCUCGCCCUAUAAUAGCCAUAACUCCCUGUGAUCCUGCAGGUAGGGCAUAAGUUGUCUAAGGCUUCAGUACUCCUUUUUAAGUGUUUUCUGAACCAUCCUAGGAUUCUCCCGAUGUGUUCAUGUAGAAAAUGAACACCUUUGACAAAUGUGAUGGCUCAAAAAUGUAAUUUUGUGCUUAAAGGGGUACUUUGGCCCUAAUACAUCUUAUCCCCAUUCCAAAGGAUAGGGGUUAAGAUGUCUGAUCGCGGGGGUCUCGCCGCUGUCUUGCAUUGAGGGGGAGGGGCGUGACGUCACACGGGGGGGCUGAGUCGUGGCGUCAUGAUACUCCGGCCCCGUGGUCGUCAAACUGCACACUCAAGGCCUCCAGCGCUGCAGAGAGCACUCAAAGAUGGGUGCUGAAUGACAGAUUGCGGGGGUCCCCAGUGGCGGGACCCCCGCAAUCAGACAUCUUACCUUUGGAUAGGGGAUAAGAUGUAUUAGGGCCGGAGUACCCCUUUUGAAUGUAACAAUAAAAUAUAAUAAAAUGAUGUUCAACAUAAGUCACGUUACAAAUGCUAUUGAGAUAACCAUAAUGUCCCAAUGAGCAGCUUAAAUGGAAGUCCACUAUGUAUUACAUUGCCAGAUUGAGCAGGCUUCAUACAAGUAGUUUUGGGCCACGAAACCAAAGCUGCAUAAAGACAGACUAACUGCUUAGUGUCCCAAAUUCAGAUGACAAGUGAGAUUUUUUUACUUACAAUUCACAGCGUUUAUAGUAUCAGCCUCGAGUGGCUAUACCCUCAAAGGAGUAGUCCAGUGGUGAACAACUUCUCCCCUAUCCUCAGGAUAGGGGAUAAGUUGCAGAUCGUGGGGGGUCCGACCGCUGGGGCCCCCCCCCCCGAGAUCUC